GUGCCACCCGCAUCUCGCCCCGGCCCUCUGGAACAGCGCACCAUGUCGGCAGGCAGCAGCGAGACAGGAGCGCCCCUGACCCAGGAGCUCCUCAGCCACCUGGGCCUGGCGAGCAAGGCGGCAGCCUGGGGCACCCUCGGCACCCUGAGGACCUUCCUGAGCUUCAGUGUGGACAAGGACGUGCAGAGGCUGCUGAGCGCCAUCGCCGGCCAGGCUGUGGACCACCGGGCCGUCCUGGACGUGCUGACCAACCGGAGCCGCGAGCAGAGGCAGCUCAUCGCCCGCAACUUCCGGGAGCGCACCCGGCAGGACCUGCUGGCCUCCCUGCGCGCUGCCCUCUCCGGCACCCUGGAGUGGACGGCGGUGGCCCUGCUGCAGCCCGCAGCCCAGCAGGAUGCCCAGGAGCUGCGGAGGAGCCUGCAGGGAGACAGCCGGGGAGACGGCCGGGGUCUGCUGGCCCUGGGGUCCCUCCGGGCCGGGGACAGCGCCAGCUAUCACAGUGGCUUCACCGUGCUGAGAGGUGCGACCCCCACCGCUCCCCACCUGUCUCCUCCUCCACAGGAACCUGAGCCCAAUUCCCAGGUCCUGGCGCGCGUCCUCAUCUCCCGGAGCGAGACUGACCUUCUGAGCAUCCGAGCUGAGUUCAGGAAGAAGUUUGGGAAGUCCCUCUACUCUUCUCUGCAGGAGGCGGUGCUAGGGGACUGCCAGGCUGCCCUGCUCACUCUGUGCAGGGGCGAAGACAUUUGAGCCCUCCCUGCCCCACCCCCAGAGGACACGCAGGACGCAGGACGCAGGACGCCAUGAGCUUGUCUUGGAGCAUGAGACCAGCUGGCUUCCCCCAGCUUCCCCCGGGGGUGACCGGUUCGAGCGGCACUUGCUGGGGUUUCCCAAGGUUGGGACCCCGUUUCCCUCCCCCUCAGUCACGUCUGCACCAGCCCACCAGCUCUGUCCUGGGGGUGGGGUGAGGGGUCCAUGGUUCUGCCCUAUGCGUCCUUCCUGUACCCUGGCCGGAACAUCUCUCUGAUCCUUGACUUUUUUGGCCACUUCCGCUGCUGUUUGUGUUCCCUGAUUGACGUCUGGGCGGAGCGGAAGCGGCAGGUGCCUCUGAUGGCACCUGGGUUUCCAAGGGGAAUCCUGUUUGGAGCUCCGGUGCCAGUUAUCCGCAUCCCCUCCCCCACCGAACCCCCUCUCACCCUCACUGGUCUCUCUUCCCCCAAACAAUUGAGAGACCAGCACCAGCUUGAGGUCAGAGAUGGUGGCCGAGGGCCAUCUGUGUAAACCAGGAACCAGGCAGAGGGUCAAGCUGCAAGACCCCUCAGU